UGAUAUAUUUUCUCGUCUUUGCGGCUCGGUCAUUCGUUUUAUCCCCAUGGUCCGUCCGAACCGAACCGAAACGUCAAAGCGACAAUCAAUAGCGCGCUUGUGGACUCCCGAGGAGCCAAGAUCGCAGAGAACAAGCUAAAGCAGUUAGCCGUGCAGCUAUCUUGGGAUGCGCCUGUCAACAUGGACUCUGACUGACUCGCUGAGUGUUUGAGAAUUUUAUGGAGAGGUGAUGUUUCUUCUGAGUGCAACCAAUCGCAGGCCAGCGUUGCUGUGAGGAGCCAACAGGACGUGCGCUAUCGCAGUGGCAAGAUGACGGAGUGCUUCUUGCCACCCAGUAGCAGUCCCGCAGAGCAACGGCGGGUGGAGCACCAAGGGGGCGUGCCCCGCACCCCCAGCUCCGAGGAGAUCAGCCCCACCAAGUUCCCCGGCCUGUAUCGCACGGGCGAGCCCUCGCCGCCCCACGACGGGCACCACCACGAGCCCCCGGACGCCGCCUCAGACGACGACAAGGAGCACGGCAGGAAGAAGAACAAGUUCAAGAAGAAAGAGAAACGCACUGAGGGCUACGCUGCCUUCCAGGAGGACAGCUCAGCAGAUGAAGCGGAGAGCCCGUCCAAGAUGAAGCGCUCCAAGGGCAUCCAUGUCUUCAAGAAACCCAGCUUCUCCAAGAAGAAGGAGAAGGACUUCAAGGUGAAGGAGAAGGUGCCCAAAGAGGAGAAGAUCAAGGACAAGAAGUCCAAGGACCUGACUGCCGCUGAUGUCGUCAAGCAGUGGAAGGAGAAGAAGAAGAAGAAGAAGCCCAGCACGGCCGAGCUGGAGCCUGUUGCCACGGAGGCGCCAGCCACCAUCAGGCCGAUAUUCGGGGCGGCGCUGGCCGACGCUGUCCGGAGAACGGCGCUCUAUGACGGGAUCAAGCUGCCAGCAAUUUUCCGCGAGUGCGUGGACUACAUCGAGAGCUACGGCAUGAAGUGCGAGGGCAUCUACCGCGUCUCUGGCAUGAAGUCGAAGGUGGAUGAGCUGAAGGCUGCCUACGACCGCGAGGAGUGCCCAUGUCUGGAGGAGUAUGACCCGCACACAGUGGCCAGCCUGCUGAAGCAGUACCUGCGCGAGCUCCCCGACAACCUGCUGGGCCGGGAACUGGCCCUGCGCUUCGAGGAGGCGUGCGGGCGCCCAAGCGAGGCCGAGAAGCUGCAGGAGUUCCAGCGGCUGCUGGCGGAGGUCCCCACCGGCAGCCGGCUUCUCCUCGCCUGGCUCAUCACGCACAUGGACCACGUGAUCGCCCGCGAGGCCGACACCAAGAUGAACAUCCAGAACAUUUCCAUCGUGCUGAACCCGACUGUGCAGAUCGGGAAUCGAGUCCUCUACGUCUUCUUCACGCACGUGCGCGAGCUCUUCGGCGACGUGCUUCUGAAGCCCGUGGUGAGGCCCCUGCGCUGGUCCAACAUGGCCACCAUGCCGGCCCUGCCCGAGACCCAGGAGAGCAUCAAAGAGGAGAUCCGGCGUCAGGAGUUCCUGCUGAAUUGCCUGCACAGGGACCUGCAGGCUGGCGUGAAGGAUCUGUCCAAGGAGGAGCGGCUUUGGGAGGUGCAGAGAAUCCUCACCGCGCUGAAACGCAAACUCCGCGAGGCCAAGAGACAGGAGUGUGAGAGCAAGAUAGCGCAGGAGAUCGCCAGCCUGUCUAAAGAGGACGUGUCCAAAGAGGAGAUGUCUGAGAACGAGGAGGAGGUCCUUAACAUCCUCCUGACGCAGGAGAACGAGAUCUUGACGGAACAGGAAGAGCUGAUCGCGCUGGAGCAAGUCCUGCGCAGGCAGAUCGCCACGGAGAAGGAAGAGAUCGAACGCUUGCGUGCAGAGAUUGCUGACAUACAGAGCCGGCAGCAGGGCCGGAGCGAGACGGAGGAGUACUCGUCAGACAGCGAGAGCGAGAGUGAGGAUGAGGAGGAGUUGCAGAUGAUCCUGGAGGACCUACAGAAGCAGAAUGAGGAGCUGGAGAACAAGAACACCCAUCUGAAUCAGGCCAUCCACGAGGAGCAGGAAGCCAUUUUGGAGCUCCGCGUUCAGCUCCGCCUCCUUCAGAGCCAAAAGCUGCAGCAGGACCUCACAGCUCCUCCCACAUCAGAACAGGCCCCUCCCACACAGCCCAGCCCAGAGGAACGAUCCAAAGGGGAAGAGCCAGUCAAACGCAAUGCACCCAUCGCCAUAGCAACCCCAGCAGACACCGUAGCCACCGCUUCUACAGCUCCAGCCAAUGGGAAGCCUGGAAAGGACACUUUAAAACCUUCGCCUAGUAAAACAUACGCUGUGAGUCAAAACCCCCCUCUCUAGACCAGGCACUCGAGUGGCUCCAGGUCUGUUUUUACUCAUCGGUGUGACGUUAAGGGUGAAAAUCUAUAGAUCAGUGCCUAGAAUCGCCCAUGGGCAUCAGAGCUGAAUGUUGCCUCGACACUGGGACCAGACAUUAGCGAGGAGGAAGGAUGGAAAAGGAAAAGAGGUCAGAUGAAGUCGACAGGCUAGGGUAACGGUUAAGCAGGCAUGCUGUUUCUCCUUUCUAGUAUUUUGAGCUUUUAAAAUGUAAUCCUAUAUGAGAAUAAAGAAUUCAGAAGUUCAGACAAAAAAAAAAAAAAAAAAGCUUCACAAUCAGAAAUGCUUUGAUGUUGCCCUUGCUCAAGCAACACACUCACCCUCUGUUGUGGGUUGGAUGUCUUAAAAAAAAAAAAAAAAAA